GCUUACGUAUUACGUUCGCGUGCCAAUUCGCAGAGUAAAUCGUGCAGCAUAUUACCACGCACAUUAUUCAGCCGCUGCUUUCCAGUCGCCCCAAUAUCAGCUGGGAACUGUGUGUCGCUAAAAAUAAUACGGAUCGGAUAGGUGGAAAUCGGUGAAAAGCAGAGGAAAACGCAGUCGAAAUGUGUGUCAAAAAGCAGCAGCAGCAGGUGUAUGUGCAGUGUUCUAAAGCGCUGCAAUUCUGACUCCUCGUGUGUGUGUAUAAAGGACAUUUCUGAGGAACAAGCCAGAAUGCCCUAAAAGUAAGCCACGAGCUAGCGUGAAUCAAAAAGAACGAAAUCCAAUGACAAAUGUAACAACCGAAACGCACCAGCCGCCCUGAGGAAGCAGAAGAAAGUCCCCCCAAGGGCAACCCACCACCCCUCCCCAAUUAUUAUUAUUUCAUUUUCAUUUACUUUUUAACCCUCCGCUCGAGAACGUGGUUUCUUUUGCGACGUGCAAUACUUUGUGGCAAAAGUCUUGCAACGUUCCAAAGGAGAGCAGCACGUGGAGCGACGAGUACGGCCGUAAAAAUACCCAAGUCCGUGGCCACCAAGCUGCAGCGUCUCAAGGCCAAGGCGUCUGCGAGCCAGCACUACGGCGGCACCUAUCGGAAGUCAUCGGCAUCGACAUCGUCUAUCGGCAACCAGAACCAGAGCGAGGGCGGCGACAAGAGUUCAUCUUCAUCUGCAGUCCACGGCGGCCACAACCAUCAACGCGGUGGCGCCGCCGAGGAGCGUAACUUUGCUGUGGCGGACGUGGCCGAGAAGUCAUAUCAAAACAGCACCACCAACCAAAACAACAACAACAACAAUUAUCAAAAGUCAAACCACACCAGUGCCAAUUACAACCACUCCAACUACAAUAACCACCCACAAAGCGCCACCACCAACCUGCCUUAUCAGACCAAUAACAAUAUCAACGCGAUGAUGAUGACCAAACAGAAGAAUUCGCUGGCCGAGCGCCUCAACAUCGGCGAGGAGGUGCGGGAACUGAAGCUUGGCGCCACCUUCAACCCGAAGAACACCGCGACCUCCUUCCACACCAUUAAAUAUGACUUCAAGCCAGCGAGCGUGGACACCAGCCGCAUGGCAUCCGUCGACGUGGGCUCCAACAAUCAAAUUACUGUUACCGUGCCAAAUUCAGAAAGUUCCGGUGUGCCUCAUACAGUUUAUAAGGGUAAUCAAAGGGAGUAUGCAAAGGAGUGCUUGAUGAUCUAUGACAAGGAGACGGGUGCUAUCACAAUAGAAAAGCUGAAUCACAACAUUCAAGUGAAGAAGACAAGGAGCGAAGUAACCAACAAGCCAGCCUUCUUGCCAGCUCAGAAUGUGCCGAUGAACAUGGGCCAGGGUCAGGGCCAGGGGCACAGUCAGGUCAUCAACGGAGCUGGAGCGGCACCAAUAUCAGCUCCCGGGCACGGAUCCGGAUCGGCACCCAAAAUGGAGAACAGCACCAUGCGAAUCUCAUCCAAGACGAAGGUUUCUACGGGCAGCCGUCGGAACAAUAUAAUUGACUUCAAACCACGCAAUUCGCCCAUGCAGCAGAGCUCACCAUCGCGUCCAGUGCCUGUCCAUCGCAGCCCCCAAUCUGCGCCAGCUUGGGAUGCGAAUAAUGCACAGCAGACGUUGCCGAGCAUUCCCAUGAUUACCGACGACGAUGACUUUGGGCUGAGGGCGGCCCUGCACAAUAGCGGCCAGGCGAAUACCUCAGGCUCCUCAACCGGUUCGGCGGCAGGCCAGCCGGACUUCGGAUCCACGUCCUCGCACAUGGGCAAGCAGCGGCAGGCUCCCCACGGCAAGCGCCAGCAGAUGCAGCAGCGAACAAGUCCACCGAUAGCCCAGCAACAGCAGCAGCACCACCAGCAGCCAUCGAACUAUGGACGUGGCUACAACGGCGGCCAAAACCACGCACAACAGCAGCAACAACGGCACUCGCCCCCGCAACACCACCAGCAGCGCCCAUCGGCCUAUGGACACGCCAAUAGCAUGCCCGCGGACCUGGAUUCGACCAGGGAGCAUGAACUGACCUCGCAGUCCGUGGCGCAAGCGGCUGCCGCUUUGGAACAGCAAAUUGGCGGUGCAUUGAGUGCCUCGAGCUCCAGCUCCGAUUCGGAUUCCAGCGACAGUGACAGCGGCAGUGACUCUGACGACAGCACUGAGGAUGAUCGCCCCAUGCAAGGGCAACAUCAGGAACAAGAGCAGCAUCAUCAUCAACAACAGCAGCAGGCAGCGCAGGUGUAUCAAAAUCAGCACCACCAACAACAGCAGAUGUCACAGCAGCAUGUAAACCAGCUGCCCAACCUAGGCCUGGGAUCCAUAUCACCAGCCUACGGCAGCAAUCAUCAUCAACAGCAACAGUUGCAUCAUCACCAACAACAGCAGCAACAGCAGCAGAAACAACAGUCCGGCAUUUACGCGUCCAAUGGUGGCUUUCCAAAUGAUUUGCUACAGAACGAUCUACAAUUGUCGUCAAAUUCGUCCGAUGAUGACGAUUAGCUGUUUUAGGUUUGAUCCAAUUCGCCUCCUUUUGACAAAACCAACGACAAGAGCAACAACAAUUAUUGAUAUUCUGCCUAUAUGCGUGUAAUUAAUUUCCAAUUAUUGAGGGGUGAUUUUACUUGCUAGUGAAAUUUUUAUAAAUAAAUUCUUAGUUCUACACCACAAUAUACACAAACAUAUAUUAAUUAAUUUUAAACAUUAAUUUUAGACCUUCCAAAUGUGCUGGAAAACAUUAAAUUAUAACAAGAAAGAAAAAAAAUCAAAUCAAAAACUCACAAAACACAACUUAAACCUAUCUUUGUCAAUAUAUAUUAAUUUAAAUACGAAAUUAAGGUUAUGUGAGACUUGUUGAAAGUCCUAGAGAAGAUCGCACGGAAAUACAUAUACCCCAACAAUAACCAAGAGAAGAAAUAGACGAUGUAGACGAUGCAACUACGGAAAUUAUUUAGUUUUUAAUAAGAACACUGAAAUCUUAAAAAUAAUUUUAAAGUUUUCAAGAAAAAGUGACCGCGCGGAUUUUUGCCAUUAAUUACACAUUUAAAUCUAAGCCACAUAAUCAUUUUAAAAUAUUUAGAUACCAAAAGCAAAAAGAAACUUUCAAGUCCUAUUUGUUUUUCCUUUAUUCGCUAAUUUUUUGUUGCCAAGCUUAAUUUUAUCGUUGCCGAUUUAUUUAAUAUUUUCAAAAAUAAAAAACCUAUCUAAAUGUUCAUUUUUGAUUAAUUUGUUAGCUAUAUUUAUCACGAAUGUAUUUUAGCCCCUUAUCUUUAUUAGUUACAUAUUUGUGCGGUAUGAAGACAUUUAUGUUUUUAGCUCAUGUUUUAUUUGAAUUUAUUUGUAGUUCUUUAAUUAUUUUUUAAUAUAUAUUAUUACGAUUUUGUUAUGAGCUUGCAAUAGUUAAAAGCAACGAAAGAAAUAAAUGUGAAACGAAAGAA